CCCAAGCGUGCUAUGCAUUUGUAGAUGUAUCAAAGUAUAUAUACGCUCGUGUGAAUCAUCAUAUCACUACCACCAUCACUACCACCACCGCCAUCCUCAUCAUACUCGUCAUACUCAUUGUCUUCAUCUCCCUCUCGAUGUAUCUACACUAAGUCAUUAGCUACUAUGAUGGAGCCGUACACUCUCUCACUUCGGACUUGGCCAUCCCUCCUCGCCGUUAUACACCAACCUUCGGUCAAUAUAUCCCUACUGAGUACCCGUAAGUACAGCCCAUGUCCCUCCGGGCACCACUCCACGAUCCCAGUCAAGAUCGUCCACACCCUCCGCGAAGACGUUUCAUGUUCCGCACGUGCCCUCCCCACUACCAAUCACACAGCAAAGCGUCCUCCGUCCGUGCCUCGGUGCAACGCAUAUUUGUCCACAUCGUUUUUUUCUUUCGGCUUCUCCACCUUCAAGUGCCAACCUCCUCUCUCUCCAUUAUAUCCCCCGCCGCUGUCGGUUAUAAGGUGUCGGUGGAGAUGGCGAUGGCGAUUUCGUUCUGUCGUUUCGUUUCGUUUCGACGGCCCUCGCAAACUUCCCACUAGGAGUCCCCGGAUCGUUCGUUCGGUCCACGCUUCUUCGGGCCAGCUUUGCAUAUCCACCACCACCACCCAGCAUUCCCAACCCGCCCGUCUUCUUCCUCUUCCUCCUCCCCUUCAUCGUCCUCCUCCUCAUUCUCCUCCUCCUACUCCACCCGUCUUCGCCGUUCCUUCCUUCCCGAUGUCGCCUGAGAUUUCCGGGUUGUUGAACUUCCUCACUGAGCAGGAGGAGGUCGGGGCCGGACAAGCCCUUAUAUAUAACAAAUCAGUCGCCUCCACCACGGAUAGCCCGCCAACGUCCAUGCACACCAUACAUACACACCCAUGGAACCCAUGGAGAUCGUUAAGUCCUAGUCCUUCGGACGAGAGCUCCCAUCCCAACCCAACCCAACCCAACCCAUCCACACUCCCUUCCACACACACGGACACGCACACGCACAAGGGCACAUGAUGUCAGUCAUUCAGCC